ACUGGUUACAUGAGUUUAUCAUCUCAUAUUUAGUACCAUUGUAAAGAAUAUAGUCACGCUUCCAGCAAGUUCAAAGGGUGGUGUUGAAUGUUGGGAUAUGUAGUCAUAAAUAAUGUUUUUCGCACAGUGUUUUACAACAGCACCCCUGGUGGUGUUAAAAAGCUAUUUCAAUUCAUCUGUAAUCUGAUUGGUCCUCAAAGAGGGGGUACUAAACUGAGAAAACCACCUCCUAAAACGUCUAUUGGUAAUGAGAAUACGCAGAAAUACAAACAUAUCUCGGGGAAAGCAUAGACUAACAUUGGGUCUGUAUUUAUGAAACACAGUGGAUAUUUAACGUUCAGUAUUAAACGGAUCUUUAUGAAAUGGAAAGCAGUCUGCCAAGAUUUCAGCAGCUCAGGAGAUCAGAAGCAUAUUCAAACAGAACUCUUAUUGGUACCGUCGUUUUCAUGGGAUUACUUCAAGUGGUAUCAAGUGUUGCUGUAGUACUUCACUUGACAGGUCAUCUUCAACAGGUCACCCAGACCGGACCAGCCCUAGUUGAGACUUCGGACGACCUCCAGAGAGGGGAGUCACAGAGGUGCCCAAAAAAACCCAGGGAGGUCACACCAUCAGCCCACCUGCCCAUUCAGCCUCCCAGUGGGCACAUCCAGAGAGACAUCCAGAACACCAUGAUCCACUGGGACCACGCCCAUGGACACCUGUCCAAGAUCGGGUACCAUGACGGAAGGAUCCUGGUCCGCGAGGGAGGCCUGUACUACAUCUAUGCCAAAACCUGCUUCAGGUACUACGACCAGCUAGAGGAGUCACUGUUGGAGUCUCAUGCUCCAGGGAGAAAAGGGGCUUCAGCAGAGCCUAGCAUUCACAGAGAAGAUGGGGCCGGGGCUGGUGCCCUUCUUAUACAAUACGUGUUCCACGAGCGUCACAGUCACAGUGCCCCCCUCAGGCCAGCUGUGCUGAUGAAAAGCGGCAGCACCAGGCACUGGCAGAGGGGCCACUACCACAUGUGUUGUCAGCAGCAGGGAGGGGCUUUCCCCCUGGGGCCCGGGGACAGUAUCUACGUCAGCGUGUCCAACUCCUGGCUGCUGGACCCGGAAGCUGAGGGAAGCUACUUCGGGUCCUUCAGAAUCAGCAGAUGAAGAAUGAGGAAGCAGACCCAGGGCAAUUAAUUGAUAAAUUAGUAACUGAUAUCUCUUUAAUCCCAUUCCCAGCUCAGGGCUGUAGAUGAGGUGGAAUUCUUAUCUGUUAGAUAGCUGGACUGGCUGCAUAUGGAAUACAUUUUUGUAUUUUUAUACUGUGAAAACAAACUGAAUUUGGCUCACUUUUAAUUUAGUUUUAUGAAGUUUUCAAUAUUUAUGUAUUUUCUGAUGUCUCUCGUAUUCAAUUCUGUGUUCAGUUUUUUGUGUGUUUAUAGAACAUUCCAAUAAAGACAUAUACAAUUGUAAAAAUACAGGAGAGAGAUUAUAAAUGCUCUGUUAUUAUCACCAAUAUUGCCAUGCUUCAACCCAUUUGAUAGGAAAACAGGGACCAUUAGACCAUUACGUUUCACCCUGAGAGACUCAGCACAUCUCUGAAAACUUAACUCUGUCUCUCAGGCGUAUGAGCGCAGGGCACCUCGAUUUUAUGUGCUUUCUGUGGUUAGAAGGGAAUAACUCCAGUUAGUGAUGCAUGCUGGGAGUGCUGUGUCAUGCACAUUUAGAGGCCCCCUACUCUCCUUACUCAUUCCCUGAUUUCACUGACCCCUAUAGUCCUGCCCCUCCCCACCUUGCCUCAUGUCUCUGAGAUAAAAUGAAAUGAGAUACUCUUUUGUUGACGUGUAAUGUCAUUACUAUGCUCAGUUUGCCAUCUUCACGUGAAAAUCCAUUUGAAAAGUGAGGAGUCGAUCUGUCCAUGCUUGGAUUAGAACAAUUCAACACACACACCAUGUUUCCCGUGAAAGCUUUCUUCACUCCCAUGUCAUUUCCAUAUCCAAGCAUUAACGCCACCUAUCUCAGCUGAGAGUAUUAAAGUCGUCCACUGAAGCAAAGACUGUUUCUCAUUUGUUUUCAGUCUGGCAUAUAGCUGGCACCACUCUAUAACCUUUCAGGAAAUGGGCAACAAUAGCACACGAAUCA